AUGGGUCUCCUCUCCAGCCUCAACCCCCUCCGCCCACGAGGAAGCGACCUUAACAACAACAACAAACUCCCUUUAUACAAGGAAGUCCCCCCAAAACACCAUAAACACUCCUUCAGCACAUCCUCCUCCCGCCGCCCCCUCCGCUCCCCAACAACAACAACAGCAGCAGCAGCAACAACCAAAGAGCGCUACUCCGACUCUGAACUCUCCCCCUCCUCCUCCGGCUCCGAAGCCGACGACGACAGCGACUACCCCACCACCUCCCCCAGCUCAUCAUCCCCAGACUCCCCCCGCCGCACCUCAACAAUAAACAUGCUCCUCCCCAAACAUGGGCAUCGUAAAACCCUACGGAGGGGGCCAGUAGCCCGGCCAAGGUUUCUAUACCGUCUCCCGAACAAGGUUAUUCGCUGGCUGUGCAUCUUGAUGAUGUCAACCAUAGUAAUCUUCAUCUUUGGCCUCAUCCGCGCGUCGCAACUAGAAAAUAAACGGAUCGCGGAGGGGAAGACGGAAGCAAUUAAAAAGCCCGUUCCUGCGGUGUGGGAGCAAUUUGAUUUUUUGACGAGGUAUUACGGGGGGGUGAGGAGGUUGGUUGGGUUGGAGGGGAAUGUGCCUGAGUAUCCGAGAUUAGGAGAGGAAAAGGGCUGGGAUGGGGGGGAGGGGACAAGGGCGGGGAAGGGGGUGCCUGAGAGUAAGGGGUUUGAGGGGUACAAGGGGGGUGUUUUGCCCCAGAAGGGGGAGGUGGAGGAGUGUUUUUUGGAGGUGGGAGGGGGGAAAGUAAAAGUUCCUGGGGUGAGGUAUCUGGAGGGGAGGCCGGAUGGGUUUCCGGACAAUGUGCUGGGGAGUUAUGAGCUUUUGGCGUUGCCGGAGGAUGUGUGCUUUGAGAGGUUUGGGAGGUAUGGGCCUUAUGGGUAUGGGUAUUCUAUUAAGAAGGGGGGGCUUGGGGUGGGCGAGCACGGGGACAGGGAGGGGGCGGGGGAGUUUCGGGGGACGGGGCAGGAGGUGGAUUAUAGGAGGGUCGACUGGGCGGAUGCGCAGAGACGGUGUUAUGAAGCCAACGCCAAAAGGUAUAAGCCUUUGGUGAGGAAGGAGGCGGCGCCGAGUGGGUUCUAUAUUGGGGAUGGAAUUAGGGGUGCGAAACUCGCUGCGCGCGAGGCCAAGACGCCCGUGGUUGAGAGCGUCAGGCCUACCGCGGCCGGACAUAACAAGACUGCGACAGAGGAAGAGAAACCUCUGCAGGAAAAUCCCCAAGGCGACCUCCCUCGCACCGCUGUCGUCCUCCGCUGCUGGGAUGAGUUUCAGUGGAAGGAGGAAGACAUCCUCAACCUCCGCGCCCUCAUCGCCGAGCUCUCUCUUGCUUCUGGCGGCCGCUACGACGUUCACCUCCUCGUCCAAGUCCGCAACGACGCCCGCAACCCCGUCUGGGCCGACGACGAAGCCUACCGCGCCCGCAUUAACGAGACCGUCCCCGAAGAGUUCCGCGGCAUCGCCACCCUCUGGUCCCAAACCCAAAUGCUCGCCGUCUACCAAGGCAUCGUCGACCUCUUCACCCGCGGUCCCGACCUCCCCGUCCACGGCUCCUACCGCGGCCUCCAAAUGGCCAUGCAGCACUUCGCCUACAACCACCCGGAAUACGAGUACUUUUGGCAAUGGGAAAUGGACAUCCGUUACACAGGCCACUACUACGACCUCCUGACCAAGCUCGAGAAUUGGUCCAAAACCCAACCUCGAAAAGGCCUCUGGGAGCGCAACAGCAGGUUCUACAUGCCUUAUGUCCACGGCUCAUGGGAGGACUUCAAGCAAAUGGCCCGCGUCCAAACCGAGCACGGGACCGUGACGGCAGAUAACAUGUGGGAUAAACUCCCCGGCUCCAUCAAAUCCCCCUCUCCCCCAGUGACAAAACCCCAAACCGAAAGCUCGGUCUGGGGUCCCUUGCGGCCAGAAGAUCCCAAAGAUUGGUUCGAGCACGAGCACGACCCUGUCCCGCCUACUUCUUACGAAAGGGAUAAAUAUACCUGGGGCGUCGGGGAAGAGCCCGAUCUCAUUACCUUGUCGCCCAUUUUCGAUCCCGAGGGAACAUCCUGGAAGCUGGCGAGUGAUAUCACGGGGUACAACACCCAACGUGGCCUCCCGCCGAGAAGAGCUCAGAUCAUCACCGCGUCUAGAAUGUCAAGACGACUACUCCUUCUCAUGCACAGGGAGACAGCCUUCAAGAAACACCACGCGUUUCCGGAAAUGUGGCCAGCCACGAUGGCGCUUCACCACGGGUUUAAGGCUGUGUAUGCACCUCACCCUGUGUUUGUCGACAGAGCCUGGCCGGCGGAUUACCUCGCACGGGUCCUCAACGGGGGGAGGAAUGGUGCCUCUGGUGGGGGCAGGACAUCGGUUUACGGUGACAAGGAGCACAACAUGAGGGGGCUGACGUGGUUCUACAACGCGGGGUUUAGUGGGAAUUUGUAUAGACGGUGGAUGGGGCUCAAGGUGAAUAAUGAUGGGGGGGAACAGUUCGAGUUGGAGGUGGACGAGACUGGGACAAAGGAUGAGAAGACGCCCGGGGGGAUGAGAGGUGGGGAGGGGAGGAUGUGUUUACCGCCCAUGUUGUUGCACCCGGUGAAGGAGGUGGAGUUGCCGGUGGAGGAGCAUAGGAGGGAGGAGGAUGAGGUUUUUGUGGAGGUUGAUCCUUCUGCUUGA